CAGGAAUCAGGCCCAUGGUGACGAUCACUCGUGGCAUCGUAUCGGCUGCCCACCCAACCACAGCGACUGCACUGCACGCACGGCAGCAACGCCGUGCCCUGUUGUCCCGGCUUUCCCCUUUGGCUUCGUUUUUUCUCUCUUAUCACCCAUCGCCCGAUCGCUGUCUUUCUGGUCAUGUGCCAUCUCUUCCCGCGACGCUAGGAACUGUUUUGUUCUGGUGCCCGCGUUCUGUUGUUGUCUCGUCUUGUUGUCUGCGACAGGCGCCCCCCCUUUUUUUUUUUUGCUGUUUCUUUCUUUCCGCUUUCGUCUGCCACUUGCAGCCCGCCCAUCUCGUAAUCUAAUGUCUGCCGACCACGGGCGAUUCUGACCUCCGCGAGGGCCUCGACGACGCACGCCGUCCACGUCACCAGAUGUAUUGCGGGCUCCAGCGCCAUAUGCUCAUGUCGUGUGGAUUGCCAGCCACCGAAGCUUAGAGUGUGUGGCUCAGAGGGGCUCGGAGCGCAGGAGCCCUCCCAACCACGGGCAACGAAGAUCGUUCCCUGUUUCGCUCCUAUCUACCCGCCCGCCUCCUAGCCAUUGUCUCUGUAUCGGUCCCGCCCCAAAGAACGAAAGCCGUCCGAGGCUAGGCUAGCCGACCGAGCCGAGGCUAUGCUUGCGAUGGAUCACCCGAAAAGGCACAGGCUAUCCGAGAGCCUGCUAGGGUCCCGCUCACACUCGCGAAACACCUCCCUUCCACACCUGGAAACCGCCGUCGAGUGGAUCACGCCGUCGCCGUCGGCGUCGCCUCCGAAACUCGGCACGUCCCUGUCUACUCCGACCAUCGCGGCGCCCAGGAGGCGUAGCAUAAUCCGCUCGAUCCGCGCCCUGAGCAUCACCUCUCCCCCAAUUUCCCUAUCGCCGCCCGUCGUCGCCGUCUCCGCCCCCGAUGCGGGCGAGCUGUCGAUCCCCGGCUCGCGCUCGCCUAGGAUACUCAGAAAACAGCGGACCGCCUCGGUCGGGAACAUCACCAGCCUGCUAGGUCGUAGGGAGUCGUCUAGGUCCGACUUCAACCGCGGCACCUGCUCGCAGGAGACCACCUCGGUCUCCCAGAGCUCGACAAACAGUAUCGAUGGGAGGAUCCAGUGGGAUUUGCAGACGGUCAAGGGGGUCUUCAAGAUUAUACAGGAGCAUCAGUUCCGUCGGAAUGGGUUCGCAUAUCUGGUGGUGACGAGCGAUUACGUCGUCAAGGUUAAAACGACCGCCGACGUCCGCGGUCUCUUUCCCAGCAUCCCGUCUGACGUUGGCCCCGUGGCCUUGCCCGCCGGCGAGCGCUCCUCGAACCCCGAGGUGCUCCAGAUGAUCCCCAUUACCUCGGUGGUGUCGGCAUCACGAGCCGAGAGCUCGCGCCCUUAUUUCGGCCUGGAGAUUUGGUGGAAGUCGGUCCACUCCCUGGCGUCCUUCGGGGCUUGUCAGUUCUUCGCCGAGGAUCCGGACCAUAGGGACCUCGUGCUCGACAGCGUCCACGAGGCUAUCCAGGCCAAGGACGACGCCCACUUUGGCAUCCCCCGUGUCGCCUAUGAAAUCGAGGAGAAGCUGCGCGACAUCUGCCGUGGGGAAGAGCCUGGCUACUCCCUGCUGCAGCCCGAGAUAUUCCCCGUGGGCAUCAGACUUGCCGACAAUGUCAAGUGGGUCGAGAACGAGUCCUACUACUUUGCCGUCGGUAUCAAUCUCUGCUACUUUGUCAAGGUGACGCGUCCUUCGGAGAACAAAGCACUCGUUGUGAGCUAUGCCAAGUAUGGCCUGAUGAACCUCGAGUGCGUUCUUGGCUGUUGGAGUCCUCGGGAGGAUAGACUUGAGUUGAGAUUCCGGAAACCUCUCGAGACCAACCCCUCAUAUCUGCACAUGUCGAGUCGGUUCUACUACCAGAUAAUACAGACCCUGCUGAAGGCGGACGAGUUGCUACGGCCUGGUUGGCCAAGCUCUCUGCGAAGGACGCAGCUGUUCAGGAUCGACGACCUGCCGCCUCUGGGCGAGAAUGAAAUCAUUGCCAUGCCCGACGAGUAUGGUAGCAUCCACAGAACGCACAAGGCCUUCUGCGCGGCAUACGAGUGCGGGCAGGUCGAGUGGGAGAUCGGGCUUGAUGCCGCGUACGGCCCGGAGCUGCGCAUUCUGCCGCCAAAAGGGAAGCUUAGGUACGAGCCGCUCGAGUUGCUCGCCAUCAUGAGGGCAGCACGGUAUAACCACUGUAUCGGAUCCAUCUCAUUCCGCGGUGUCAGUCUGGUCCCGCUAUGGAACAAGUUUGACAGUGAUAAGCCGGCAUCGGUUGCGUACAUUAACCACGAUGGAACCAUGCUAAGCUCUGAGCUGUGCAAGCCAGUCCAAGGAGGCUCGAUCCUUGCUCAGGAGAUUCACGCCUUGGCCUUUUGUAUCCCUUCACUUCGGCAGAUGGACUUCACAGACUCGCUGCCUAACCUUCCCAGCCUGCCACACAAGCCUGAUGCCCAGGUUCUGGCUCCGAUAUUGAACCUGCUUGGUGUCGGCUUGACCAACUGCAAUCGGAUCUUGCUCAGUGGCUGCCCACUCGGGCUUGGCGAUGUGGCCUCGCUCCUCUCAUUUCUCAACCGGGACGGUCUGGAAGACGACGUCCCGCUGCAUCUUAUCCCAGGUCUGCAGGCAUUGGAUAUGUCCAGGUGCUCCCUGUGUAGUCAGGAGAUGUACCUGAUAGUUGAGGCGCUGUCGUCACAGGGACAUUCGCUGCAGCUUUUGGAUAUUUCGCACAACACGGGGCGCGUCGCUGCCGAUGCCGUUACCCGCUUCGUUGACUCCAUGUCCGACCUGCACAUUCUCAACUUGGCAGAUGCGGUAGUUGGUCCAGAGUAUUGCGCCCUAUUGCCUUACGAGAGCCUUGUGGCAUUCCAGAAUAUCCAGGAAAUCGACAUAUCAGGAUACAAGUUGUCUAUGGAUACCGAACGAGCCCUUGUCGGAUUCCUCGAGCAAAGAGUAGCUGCUGGGCGACAUGCCCAACAGCAGGGCGGCUUCCCCCCAAGGCUCAGGCAGCUGAGGCUGAAUGACUGCAGCAUAGACGGGUUCCAGGCCGCGCGCAUCCUCGGCGCCGUUUCCGGUCUUGAAGGGCUGCACCUGCACCUCGGCUCGAACCCUCUUGAGCGUGGCAUCGAGGCUCUCGCAUCUGCCAUCGCCCUGUGCUCCGAAGGGCGGAUCGGGUUGCACAUGGACAUGGUAGAGUUCCGGCGCGACGAGGCCUACGUGCGGCUCAUCCAAGCGAUCACCGUGUCCAAGCGGUUCCCGGUCGUGUCGCUGGUGGGCACGGCGCCCACGCCGCUGCCGAGCGCGACGUGCACCAACGCGGCGUGCGACGCGCUCGAGCAGCUGCUGGCGCAGAACCGCUCGAUCCGAUGGCUCGACCUAUCGGGCUACGUCGGUAAGCUCGACGACGGCCAGCUCGGGCGCGGGUUCGGGCGCGCCUUCACAGGGCUGAGCCGCAACACGACUCUGCGGGUUCUCGUGGUGCGCAACCAGAACCUGAGCACCGAGGUUGGCGGCCUGGGCUCGGGCGUGCGCGACAACACAACGCUGCGGCGCCUCGACCUCUCUGGGUCCGAGCUAAACCUGACGUCGCUUCUGUUCAUGCGCAAGGCCAUCACCGACAAUUGCGGCAGCCUGGUGCAGUUCCCGUUCAGCGCUGACCACCAGCAGAGCCUGCUGGACCGGGCCCUGCAGAACAUACCUGCGGCGGCCCGGGCCUCGGCGGGCAAGGACCUGAAGCAGGAGGUGCAGGGCGCGGCGGCGGCCAUCGAGGCGGUCCUCGCGCGCAACCGCCUCCGGCUGCUGCCGGAGCAGAGCGCCUCCCCCGGGGCGAAGGAGGAGAGCGACGCAGAUGAUGAUGAUGACGGCGACUCGGUCGAUGGCGAGGCCGGCAUGCUCUCGGUCAUGCUGGAUGGGGAGAAGACGAACGACGACGACGACGCGCAGCUGCUGUUUGGCGUAAAGAGGCGGCGGCGCUGGGACCGGCGCGUCUCGUCGGCCGACUUCCCGGUCGAGCCGCUGAUGAGCCCGUACAAGCUCAGUUUCGACAUCGGGCUGGGGCUGGGGCUGGGGCUGGGGCUCCCCGGCGACGAGGCCGAUCCGGAGUCGAGGAGCUCGUGGGAGAACUGGCACCUGACAGUGCCGGUGCCUUCUUGAUGUGUGUGUUGGUUUAUGUUUCCUCGGUAGAUGUGGAUGGAUUUUUGUUUUAUUUUCGAGGUUUUAUUUGUACUCGCGCCUCGUUCCUGGUUACAUUUUUCUCUGUUUUGCUUCUUUUCCUUUCAAGUUCCGGACAGAUAGACCAAGCCAAGCGCAAGAUACCCAUCAAAAUUAACAUUAUUUAAUACACUUCCGCGGGCAAGGCGCUCCCUCUCUUUGCCCUCACUACCGCCGG